AUGGGGCUGCUGUACAACAUCUUCGUCUCAGUUUUCUCCUCCAUAGGUGCCUUCUUAUUCGGAUAUGAUAGUGGUAUCAUCGCCUCCGUUAUCACCAUGUCUAGGUAUCUUGACCGCUUCGGCGACAAUGCGAGCAUCAGAGGUGGCGUCGUAUCCUCGUUUAAUGUCUUCCUAGGGGGAUGUUUCUUUGGUGCUAUGGGAGCUGGCUGGUGUAAUGAUAGAUUCGGUCGUAAACGAACAAUUCAAGUUGGGACCAUAUUCGCAUUGUGGGGAUGUGCUAUGCAGACGGGUGCCAAUAAUGUUGCGACUCUCUUGGUCGGCCGUAUUAUUGCUGGCCUUGCAAUUGGAAUCCUCUCAAUGACCGUACCCCUUUAUAAUACUGAAGUCGCCCCUCCGAAAAUCCGCGGGUUCCUAGUUGGCAUGACCCAGCAGAUGAUUGGUAUCGGAUUCAUUGUAGCCAACUGGGUCGGUUAUGGCUGCCAAUACAUCGAUUCUGAUGCAUCGUGGAGGCUGCCUUUAGGUUUGCAAAUGGCGCCUGCAUUCCUGCUCCUCGUCGGUAUUCAAUUCCUGCCUAAUAGCCCCAGAUGGCUCUUAGAAGUGGGUCGCGAUGAUGAAGCGAAGGAAGUUGUCUAUCAACUCCACGGAACGACCCCUCAAGCUAGAGACGCCGCCGAUGUCGAGUUCAAGGAAAUGUCAGAAACCAUCAAAGCGGAAGUAUUCGUUCGUAGCAGAAAGCUUAGUGACCUUUGGGCUACCCGAGCUAUGCUACGUCGAACACUCGUGGCGGUCGGCGUUCAAGUAUUCGGACAGUUCUCCGGAAUCAAUGUUAUCAAUUAUUUCGGGCCAGAGAUGUACGCAGGUCUCGGCAUCACAGGCGGCCAGGCAUUGUUGGUACAAGGCAUUUAUGGUGCGGUGGGACCGAUCGCAAAUAUCUUCUUCAUUACUCUAAUCCUCGAUCGUGUUGGGAGGAAGAAGCCCCUUAUGUUUGGUGCUGCCAGCUUCGUUGUUACAUUCUCCAUACUGGCCGCAAUUGUUGCAUCAUUCCCUCCGCCUCCAGUCGAACUCGCCGGCCAGGUCCCCGUUAACCAAGCUGCUCAACGUGCCGGCAUUGCUAUGAUCUUCUUGACGAGUAUAUUCUUCUCCCUUAGCUUUGGCCCCGUCAGUUGGGUCUUAGCUUCAGAGGUAUUUCCAACGAGCACACGGUCAAUCGGCACUAGCGUUGCUACCUGCGCCAAUUGGGCGUUCAAUGUAUUGCUCUCGCAAGUUUCACCGAUUGGUAUGACAAACGUUAAAUGGAAGUUCUAUCUUUUGUUUGUCGCGUUGAACUUCGUCGACUUCAUCAUCAUCACCCUCUUCUUCCCCGAAACUAAAGGUAAAUCCUUGGAAGAUAUGGCAAUCGUGUUCGGCGACAACGUCGACACGAAGAGAAUUCUCGACGAGCACAAGGACACUUCUGACAGUGCAAGUAACGAAAAGCACGAGCUGGAGCACGCAUAG